GAAAGCAGUGCUGAAGAUGAUUCCAACUUUUUCAACUAUGACGAAAUUGAUCGGGAAAUACUGUUAGCAGAGGAAAAUGAGAAAGAAAAUGAUCAAGAGGAUGAUUUUGAAAAGGAGGGUAUGGAAGAAUCCACCAGCACAAGCGAAGUUGUUCCAAGUAAGCGAAAGGAGAACUGUGUACCUCAGUUGAUUGAUAACAAGCGUAAACAUUUGGAGCGGAACUUAUCGGCUGCUCAGCGAGACCAAUUGCUCAUCAAAGAAGCAAAAGAAGACUCCAAAUUCAAAAAAGAUUUGGCUGAUGUUAUGCGUGAAUCAUCCAACAAGUUUGCUGAAAGUGUCAAAGUUAUUGGUCAGUCGAUGACUGAUCUUGGUACAAGUAUUAGCCGUUCAAUUGAAAUGUUAUCUGGUGCAAUUAUGCAUCAAGCCCACCCAAAUAACCAGAAUGUGUUUUUACCAGCAGCAUGGAUAUCAACAACAUAUGCCAAAUAA